AUGAAAACUAAAGCUUACUUUACUGAGGUUUUACUUGGGCAGAGUAAAAGGCAAGGUAAUAUAAGGAAGAGACGGAGUGUGUUGGUGUUGGGCUUGCUCGUCGGUUCGGCCUACAGCAGCUGCCUCGGCGGAGGCUGUGGCGGAGGAUCCUCUGGUGGCAUCAGCCGUUCCUACGGAGGACCCACUAAUAGCUUCGGAGGUUCUGGAGGAGGAGGAGGAUCCUUCGGAGGAGGAUCCUUCGGGGGAGGAUCCUUUGGAGGAGGUUCUGGAGGUGGCGGUGGAGGAAUAAGUACCAGUUAUAGAGGACCAACCAAUAGCUUCGGUGGAGGAGGAGGUGGCGGUGGGUCCUUUGGGGGAGGUGGAUCCUUCGGAGGAGGAUCUUUCGGAGGUGGUGGCGGAUCCUUCGGUGGCGGGUCCUCUGGAGGAGUAAGUACAAGUUACAGCGGACCAAGUAAUAGCUUUGGAGGAGGAGGCGGAUCCUUCGGGGGAGGAUCCUUUGGAGGAGGUUCUGGAGGUGGCGGUGGAGGAGGAAUAAGUACCAGUUAUAGAGGACCAACCAAUAACUUCGGUGGAGGAGGAGGUGGCGGUGGGUCCUUUGGGGGAGGUGGAUCCUUCGGGGGAGGAUCUUUCGGAGGUGGUGGCGGAUCCUUCGGUGGCGGGUCCUCUGGAGGAGUAAGUACAAGUUACAGCGGACCAAGUAAUAGCUUUGGAGGAGGAGGUGGCGGCGGAUCCUUCGGAAGUGGCGGGGGAUCCUUUGGCGGAGGCGGCGGUGGCUUCGGCGGCGGAGGAGGAUCCUUUGGCGGGGGAGUGAGCAACACUUACAGUGGCCCAAGCAAUAACUUCGGAGGCUCUGGCGGAGGCGGUGGAGGAGGAUUUGGUGGAGGAUCCUUUGGCGGAGGAGGAGGUGGAUCCUUCGGAGGUUCAGGUGGCGGCGUAUCGGGCGGUUACCUGCCCCCCGUCGGGAAAUAGGAUUUCCCUGAUGUGGUCCCUACUGCCAGAAGCCAUCCACGUAUCGUCUUGCAAAAGCUGUAAAUUAAUCAAAAUGUAAUAAACGUUUAAGAAUAAAUACA